UUUGCAAAAGGAAGUACGCAAUCAACGUGGCCACGAUCUGAACUCCAUAGUUAUUAAGAGAGAACUCAGAUGAGUAGACAGUCUCCACCGCGGACACGAUCUCAACUCCACCGCACACCGCCGGAAGCCGUCGUCACAGCAAGUCCGCCGUUAGUGAGACCUACCACUAGAUCCAUGUCCCUGAAGCGCAAGUACGACGUGGGCCAACCCUCUAAUGUCAACAGGAGAGUUCAACGAAUCACUUCUAUCGAUGCAAAGGCUCCACGCUCAACAGCAGCUCAAAAUCACAUGAUGAAACAAUCGCCCCUUCAUAGUGCUUCUAGCUCUCAUGUUUACAUCAAGUCACAAAACAAUGGAGGCAGUCAACACUCAACCUUCCGCUGUGGUAUAUGCUUUGACUACAAACCAAGCUCUAAAAUGUUUAAAAAUGGCAAGUGUAACCACUCCUUCUGUUCUACAUGCAUGGCAAAGUACGUGACCUCCCAAAUAGACCAAAACAUUGUGAAGGUCACCUGUCCACACCCUCAUUGUCCCAUGGAACAGAACCCCAAAUCUUUGCACCCCAUUUUGCCCCGGGAAGUGAUUGACAAGUGGGACACGGCUAUAUGCGAGUCAACGAUUUCGGCGUCUCAGAAGACUUACUGCCCCUUUAAGGACUGUUCGGUUAUGCUGGUCGACGACGGGAGAGAAGUUGUGACCCGGUGUGAGUGCCCUUCUUGUCACAGGCUGUUUUGUGCGCAAUGUAGGGUUCCUUGGCAUGCAAGUGUAACCAGCUGUGAGGAAUACCAAAGGAUGAAGAAGAGGAGAUAUGUAGAUCAAGACCUGGAUAACAAGUUCUUUAACUUGGCCAAGGAUAGCAAAUGGCGAAAAUGUCCCUAUUGCAAUAUGUUUGUGCAGAGAGAUGGAGGAUGUGAACACAUCUCUUGCAGGUGUGGAGGUCACUUCUGCUAUUAUUGUGGGAAGAAUUGGGCAUCUGGACAUAUGUGUAACAGGGUGUAGCAGGGGAGACAAAAUGGAGAUUUUGGGUUCUGCCAUCAGUUGUGUUUCAUUGUUCAUUUUUGUCCAUGACUAGUUGGUUACUUUAAUCCUUUCUUUUGUUUUCAACUAUGAAUUACUUGUCAAUGACGGUCCUUCCCAUCAUUUAUGUUGUGUUAUGUGUGACACUUGAAAUGAAUACUCCGAUCCCUCCGUCCUCUUUU